AGAAGAACAGGACAGAACAUAAUUUCCUGCAUUUGGCUUCAAAAGACAGGUCGGGCAAAGGACCCCACAGACAGGCUAAGGAAGUAAAUUAUUUGUUUGGAAAGAGCGAAGUUAGUUACUGAUCUACUCAUAAUGAGUUCGGAAAAAGAUCCAUUGAUGAAGGAGCUGGAGGAGGAAUUAAAACUGAGCACUGAUGAUCUUCGCAGCCAUGCUUGGUUUCAUGGUCCUAUUCCACGGCAGGUAGCAGAGACACUAAUGGAAAGGGAUGGAGACUUCCUCAUUCGAGAAUCUCACUCCAGCCCUGGAGACUAUGUGUUGAGCUGCAUCUGGAAGCACGAGCCUCUCCAUUUCAAGAUCAUUCGCGUGGUCCUCCGGCGUAAGGAGUCCUACACCCGUGUGCUCUUCCAGUUUGAACAGGAGAGAUUUGAUAACCUCCCAGCACUGGUGCGGUUUUACGUAGGAAACCGCAAGCCAAUUUCAGAGGACAGUGGAGCGAUAAUCUUUCAUCCAAUAAAUCGCAUUGUCCCCUUGAGGUGCAUUGAGGAAAAAUACAGAGGAGCAUCAGAUCAAAGAAAACAUGACCAUGAAGUGACAACCAAAAACCCAGAUCAGAAUAAGAGAUUCAGCUUAAAUCUGUCUGAAGGAGUGUCUUUGGACCAGCUUACAACGGAUGGAAAUCUUUUAAGGAAUAAGGACAAGAGUGGCAGUCAUCCAAAUAUUCUGGACUACGGGAAUGAUAAAAAGCCAUUGCAGUCUGCCCAGUCUGACAGCUAUCUUUCAGGAGGACCCAAGGAUGUUAUGCAAGCAAAUGGAUCAUACAAAUCAGUGCGUCCUUCAUCACUAAUGUAUAGGACGGGGAGUGACCCACUAAUCAACCCCAAAGUAUUCCCAAAACGCUUUGGCUCUCAGAAUAAUAUGGUGCUGAGAGGUUCUGAUGGGCAGUUACACUGCAAGGCUCCCCCGAAGCCACUCCGAAUUCCAUCUGGCAUGAUCCCGGACACAGUACUGGAUCCAGCCUUGGAUGGAAGUGUCUAUUGUGAGCUAGUGCCACAUGUUCCUAAGGCUGGUCAGAUUGAGACUCACGUGGAGAGGUUACGAAGCAUGGAGCGACUGAAAAGCCGGAUUCGCAGGACAGACACCGAUUUUGGUCUGCUGGAUUUAGAUGCAUAUUCAGCUUCAAUGAAGACCCACCAUGAAGAAGCUAAUGAAGAUGAUAAUGGGGACUGGUCAUUCAUACAGCCUCAAAUUGAGACCACAAGUUCAUUUAAACUUGAUACUUUUACUUCCAUCUUGCUUCCCAUUGACAACAAACCUCUCGAUCCGUCUGUGCUUAAACGCCUCAAAGAAAUAUUUUCUGAAAAUGAUCCACAAACUACAGCACAACAUAUUCUGAAAGUGGACUGUGAGGUUGCUCGGAUCAUCAACGUAUCCUUGGAACAGAAGAUGAUGAUGGGAGUGAGCUCAGGGCUGGAUCUGAUCACAUUACCCCAUGGGCAUCAACUGAGAAUGGACCUCCAGGAGAGACAUCAUUUAAUAGCCCUGGGCAUUGCUGUGGACAUUUUGGGCUGCACAGGAAGCGUUGGACAAAGAUCUGCAGUCCUUCAUAAAAUUAUCCAACUGGCUGUUGAGCUCAAAGACUCCAUGGGAGACCUCUUCGGACUUUCAGCCAUUAUGAAAGCACUGGAGCUGCCCCAGAUUGUGCGUCUUGAGCAUACGUGGAGGACUCUGCGCCGGAAUCAUACUGCUUCUGCUAUCAAAUUUGAGAAGGAGCUCAAACCCUUUGCUAAAUCCUUGAAUGAGGGAAAAGUCGAGCUCGCUCUACAAAAUAUCACUGUUCCGCACAUUCUGCCCAUCAUUACUCUAAUGGAGCGCCAGUCGGUGUCUGAUGUCAUGGAAGCAUGGGAUGAUAUAGAUCAGAGCUGCACAAUGCUGUUUAAGACAUUGGAAGCAGCUCGUAAUGUGACAUUGAAUGCUGCAAUAUUUAGAGCCAAUGCAGAGGCCAAACUGAAGGAUUUUCACGCCAAUGAAGAAUUGUUAGAGGCUUUCAAGACUGAAUUUGCUUUGAGAUUGUUCUGGGGCAGCAGUGUAACUGAUGUUAGUCAGACUGAGAGAUAUGAAAAAUUUGAUAAAAUCCUGAGUGCAUUGUCACGGAAACUGGAACCUCUGGGACCAUCCGAAAUAUAGAUCAGAAUUGUGGACCCUUGUAAAGUGCCCAGGAUAUAAGCAGGUAACUGUUGAUGGUCCUCAUAAAGUUACUGAACAAAAUGAAAACAUCAAGUGUGGAUCCAAUAUCACAUGUAGGAGAUGUUCUCAUCUUCAAUUCAUUCAUCUCCUUCCUCAAUUAGCUAAUAUUACUUUGUAACCAUGAAAACCUUCCUUCUUUGAUUGCAUCUGCAAACUCUAUAAUCUCCACAACCUGGAAGGACAGGACUGAUGGGCAAAUAGAAAGAACAUUGCGUUCAGGUAUCGUCCCAGAUCAAACGCGAUCCUGACUCAUAUAUGUAUGACCAUUUGAACAUUGUUGCAGGGUCAAGAUUUUGGAACUCCUGCCUAAUAGCAACAUAUGAAUGAAGUCACUGUAUCAAUGGCAGCGGGUCAAGAUGAUAAUUCACAAUCAACCUCUCGAGCAACUGCAGAUUUACUGUAAAUAUCCACUUUACCAACAAUGUCCACAUUUCAAGAGUUUUUUUUUAAAAUGUUCGUUAAGUUUUCCAUGUACAAUGCUUCCUGCAGAGAGAUUGGUGUUGCUAUAAUGACUCUUUCUAGUGGGUGAAAAGAAUCCCUCAUAAUGUGUUGGUAAAAUUAAGUACAAAACAAAAAAUUCUCGUUUUGUAUUUGCAGAACCUGAGCAGAGGAGGUCAUCACCUGCUUUAGCUAACUUGGAACAACAAACUAUUCUGGGUUAGAUAAAAUAAGUGGGACAUAAUGGGCAGCCAAUGACAGCAAACAUUUCACACCUGAAUAUAAUUGGUAACACUGCAGCUAUGUCAGGUCAAGAUAUUGAACAUGAUGGAGCCACGUUUCUCCUGAUGUCCUCACACCAUACUGUCAAGAUUUCUGCUUCGCUUCACACUUUCCAUAAUCUAAUGAUAGCUCAGCAAAAUGCUUUGUAAAUAUCAACAGCUUCUAAAAUAUGCUGCAGGCCUUGGGAGCUGAUAGAAGGUCAAAAGACCAGUGGACAGUUUGUCUCUGACUUAAUCAGACUUUGGUCUCUCAUUAAAUAUAUUUGCAGAUUCA